AUGACCGACCGUCUGGGACCCGAAGAGCGCCAAAUGGCCGCUGCGCAGCGUGCGUACACUGCAGCGUCCCGAGGCGAGGGCAUUGAGACCCCCGCCGUGGCCUACGUUCCUCGAACCAUGAGCUUCGAGUGGACGUGGAAGUACUUCAUUGGAUUGUUUCUGUGGAUGGUGCUGUACGACGCAAUUGGCGUGGGGUUUUUCACCAGAGGCUUUCUGCUGAGCCGCAGUGUGCUCACCGACGUCAGCCCGAGCGACUGGCAGCUCACAGAGCUCCACGAACCUCCCCAUAUCGACAAUGGAUGCUGGACGGAGCCCAAGUUCGACAAGGCCAUCAUGCUGGUGAUUGAUGCGUUGCGAUUCGACUUUUCGACGCCCCAGCCCGGCUCCAACAAGCCCUACCACAACGCCCUGACCGUCAUGAGCGAACUGAACCAGAACCAGCCCAACAAGGCGUUCUUGUCCAAGUUUGUGGCUGAUCCGCCUACCACAACCCUCCAGCGACUCAAGGGACUUACCACAGGCUCUUUGCCCACAUUCAUCGACGCUGGAAGCAACUUUGCGGGCUCCGAAAUCGACGAAGACAACUGGGUCUACCAAAUGUGGGCUCUUAACCAGACCGUCUACCAGUGUGGAGACGAUACUUGGGACGCGCUUUUCGGCAAAUACUUUGCUGCUGCCAACCCCUACGACUCUCUCAAUGUCUGGGAUCUGUACACGGUCGAUAAUGGAGUCAAAGAACACCUUCUGCCCGCCUACAAGUCCGGAAACUACAGAAUGAGCAUUGGACAUACCCUUGGCGUGGACCAUGCUGGACACAGAUACGGACCCGACUCUCCCAAGAUGACAGAGAAGCUCCAGGAAAUGGACGAGUACAUUCGAGAGAUCAUUGACUCCCUAGACGACGAUACUCUUCUCAUUGUGUUUGGUGACCAUGGAAUGGAUUCCAAGGGAGAUCAUGGAGGAGAAAGUGAUCUGGAGGUGGAUGCCACUCUGUUUAUGUACUCCAAGAAGGACUGGGUUGCUCCGAACGAUCAGAUUAGUGAGGGCGGAUACCCUUCCAUUCCUCAGAUUGAUCUGGUUCCAACCCUGUCUCUUCUUAUGGGUCUCCCUAUCCCCUUCAAUAAUCUGGGGUCUCCUAUUGCUGAGGCCUUCCUUGGCCCCAACAAGGACCCCAAGGCUCUUGCCAACGUCCUCCAGCUCACUUCUGCUCAGAUUGAAAACUACAGACAAAAGUACGGCUUUGAUGAUCUUGGAGGACUGUAUAAAAAGACUGUGAAGGUCGACUCUUCUAAGGCUGGCAUGUGGGAGUCCAUUGUGUCCAAUCACUACAACUUUCAGCGAACCAACCUCGACCAGUGUCGGUCUCUUUGGGCCCAGUUUGACUUUGCAUCCAUUUUUGCCGGUUUUGCAAUCAUUGGAUCUUCUCUGAUCCUCAUGAUUCUAUACAGCCGACUGCCCAUUUUGGACGUGGAAGGAUCACUCGAGAAGCUGUGCAACUACUCUGGUCUUAGUGCGUUCAUGACUGCUCCUGCCUUUUACGCACUUGCCAGCUACGGUGCAUUCGGAGAGUCUUGGCCCUUUGAUGCUCUAUGGACUAGCGGGCUUGGAUUCUGUGUGGGAACGCUUCUCGGUUACUCCAUCUACUACAUUCGACAUUUCAGCAAGAAGCUCCAACGAGCUGAGAUUGGAACUAUUGCCGUGAUUCUCAUCACUCUCAUCCAUGUAGCUCUCUUCACCUCCAACUCCUUCACCAUUUGGGAAGACAAUAUUCUGUCUUUCCUUCUAAGCACCAUUGGUUUCGGCCUACUCAUCAACGCCGCCCAGCUGCCCUCUUCCAAUGCCAACAGAGCAAAGGCCAUUUCACACUCCAUCAUGUUCCUCAUUCUCACUCGAACGUCGGCUGUCUCCAGACUGUGUCGAGAAGAGCAUGGAGACAAGUGCUCUACCACUUUCUACUCCUCGGAUGCCUCCUCCGUAUCGGCUCCUUACACUGUGGCUUUGCUUAUUCUGGGCGCAUUCCUGUUGCCUCUACUCGUCAAAGGCUUCCUUAUUGAGAGUGGCUCUGACCAUGGGUCGGCAAAGUUCCACAUCUGGGGUCUGUUUGGCGUCAUGAUGUCUGUUGCCGUCUACUGGUUCCUAGACCUGUUUGUCACUGAGCAGCUCAAAUGGUCGGAUCCUCUGUUUGGCGACAUUGAGCUGCUGUCCAACAUGAAGCUGACCAUUGCCCGAAUCGUUCUGGGAGUCACUCUGCUGGCUGCCAACGUUUCGUGGAUGUUUGGUCUGUGUGUGGAGGUCAAGUACACCAAGAAGGACGGAGUCAACCAGGCGCAGAUUCUCGGCUACAGCAACGUCUACGGUGCGCAGUACCUCCUGCUGGUGCUCAACUUCUUUGGAGCCAUUCUACUUGUCUCCAAGCCUCUUGGAGGAGUCAUGAUGAUCAUCCAAAUGUACCAUAUCAUGACCACCAUUGAUUUGCUGCACAUCCUCGAGACCCCCGCUAGCAUCGGCCCCGUCAUUCUGGCUGUGCUUGGAAACGCCUACUUCUUCUCCACUGGACACCAAGCCACCAUUCCUUCUGUCCAGUGGGAUAUCGGGUUUGUGGCCACAAACACCAUCUCUUUCCCUUUGACGCAUCUAGCCCUUGUUCUCAACUCUCUGGGCCCCCAGAUUCUGUCUACUGUUUCCACUCCUCUAUUGGUUCUGUGGAAGAUUCCUCCCGUGCGGAAAUCGUCGCUGCUUUUUGCUUCUUGUGGACAAUCCAUGCUGGUGUCUGUCGCCUACCAGACUGCUGUCACUCUGUCCGCAGCGGUGUUUGCUACUCACUUCCGACGACAUCUCAUGGUGUGGAAGAUCUUCGCACCCCGAUACAUGCUGGGAGGCCUGACACUCAUCGUGGUGGACGUGGUCGCAGUGCUGGUGGUGGGCUUUGGAGUGGGAAACAUCAUCAACCACGUGAAAAAGACCUUUGGCACUGAUGCCAAAAAGACCGUCACAGCAAACACUUCCCUCAAGAGCGAUCUGGGAGAACAGUGGGAUGCUCUUCAGUAA